AUCCCGUUCCAAUCAGAUCCAGUGUAGAUUAAUUAAAUAAUUUUUCAAGUAGACAAUUCCUUAAUGUCGCAAGGUCGUUCUUAACUAUAUAAACUGGGGUAAAAGCCCGUUGAAGUCAGUCAAGUUCUCGAGCUUUACACUUCACCAUGAACGCUUUGUUCGCCGUUACCGUCGCCUCUUUGGCCGCCUUCGCCUGCGCCGUGCCCUCUGGUCACCACGGCGGUGCCAUCGUCGCCGGCCCAGCUGGAGUAGUUACCAACCACGGCCCCAUCGGGCCUGCUGGCCACGGUUUGGGCUUGGGAGUCGGUUUGGGCCAUGGGCUCGGUUGGGGUAACGGACUCGGUUGGGGCCAUGGAGCCGUAGUUGCCGCCGCCCCUGUGGCCACCGCCGUUGUGGCCGGACCCGCUCUCGGACUUGGACAUGGUCUUGGACUUGGUGUUGGGCAUGGUCUCGGACUCGGUCUUGGACAUGGUGUGGCUCUUGGACACGGUCUUGGAGUCGUGACCAACGGAGGGGGCACCAUUGGAGUUAGCGCUCAUGGGGCUGCCGUCAAGGGACCCGGAACUGCUCCAGUUGUAGUUGCCGGACCUUCUGGUAAAAUCGCUGCUGAUGGCCUCUGGGGACCCACCGCCAAUGUGGGGCUUACCGGCGGACAUGGACAUGGAGGUUGGGGACAUGGGGGCUGGGGCCAUGGCUGGUAAAGUGGAAAACUUGAUGGAUUGAUCGUUUGAACAACUACUGCCUCCUCUUAUGUUAUAGAUUUUUUGUAUAUUUUUGUAGAUUAUUUAUAUUAGAAUGUGUAAAUUGUCAAUAAAUGACGAGAGAGUAA